AGAGAAAAUGAGAACAAGAGAGAGAGAGAGAGAGAGAGAGAGAGAGAGAGAGAGAGAGAACAAGAGAGAGAGAGAGAGAGAGAGAGAGAGAGAGAGAGAGAGAGAGAGAGAGAGAGAGAGAGAACGAGAGAGAGAGAGAGAGAGAACAAGAGAGAGAGAGAGAGAGAGAGAGAGAGAGAACGAGAGAGAGAGAGAGAGAGAGGGGGGGGGGGGAGGGGGGGCAGAGAGAGAGAGGGAGAGAGGUAGUGUGAGAGAAAGAGAACGAGAUAGAGAGAGAGGAGAAAGAGAGAGAGAGCGAGAGAGAGAACGAGAGAGAGAGAGAGAGGGAGAGAGAGAGAGAGAGAGAGAGGGGGGGGGGGGGGGGGGGGGAGGGGAGGGGGGAGGGGCAAAAAGAAAGAGGUAAUGAGAGAGCGAGAGUCGACGAACUUCAUAAAGCAACUAAAUCGCUUGAAUCCAA